AUGGUUGCAUCCACCAAAACGAAACGUCGCGCGGCUGACGUGUCCAACGAACAGAAUAACGAUGCGAGCACCAAAGAUAUAACGUCCAUUGAUACCAUGGAAGCCUUGUUGGCAGGAUCAGCCAAACGAACCCGAAUGUUAUUCACCACUUCGUACAGCCAAGCUGCGAUGGACGAACAAACAAGUCAGCGCGCCAAGUUGAUGAGCAAAGUGAAUGACGAAUAUAAUGACGUACGUACAUUGCCGGAAGCCUUGAUUCGACAGCAGAAAGAAGCCUUGAAAGCAAAACAAAAGCCCACUCCCGCCACAAAAACGACGAUCGAAGAAGCCCCCACUGACGAAGCUGACAGCAAUAGUUCCGUUCAGCAAUUGAUCGACACAUUACCCGAGAAGACAUCUGGAUUAAAUGCUGGAGAGGGUGUAGUGGCUCUACGUUCAAAGGAGCAGUUCUCGGAUCUGUUCGGUGGUGACACAUUAGCGGGCGGUGGCUCAUUAGUGCGUCGUGCGCGAGCAAAGACCAUUCGACCUGUGUGGCAUGCACCAUGGAAACUGAUGCGAGUCAUCAGUGGUCAUCUGGGUUGGGUACGCGCACUGGCGGUUGAACCUGGUAACAAAUGGUUUGCCACGGGUGCAGGUGAUCGAACCAUCAAGAUUUGGGAUCUCGCUUCCGGUACUUUAAAACUAUCAUUGACGGGUCACAUCAGUACAGUCAGAGGAUUGGCCGUGUCCGAUCGACAUCCGUACUUGUUCUCAUGUGGUGAAGAUAAAAUGGUGAAAUGUUGGGAUUUGGAACAAAACAAAGUCAUUCGACACUAUCACGGUCAUUUAUCCGGUGUCUAUUCAUUAAGCUUACAUCCUACGUUGGACGUGCUGGUGACCAGUGGUAGAGAUGCAACAGCAAGAGUUUGGGAUAUGCGAACAAAACAGGCGAUUCACGUAUUGACGGGUCACACGAGCACAGUAUCGGAUGUAAAAUGUCAGGAAGCUGAUCCUCAAGUUAUUACCGGUUCCAUGGACAGCACGAUUCGAUUGUGGGAUUUAGCCGCAGGCAAAACCAUGGGUGUUUUAACACAUCACAAGAAGAGUGUACGAGCGCUGGCUAUUCACCCUACGGAAUUCGGUUUUGUCAGUGGCAGUGCAGAUAAUAUCAAGGGAUGGAAAUGUCCCGAAGGUACAUUUAUUCAGAACUAUGGUGGUCGCAAGUCCAUCAUCAAUACAUUGUCCAUCAAUCCCGAUGGUGUGGUAUUCUCUGGAGGCGACGAUGGUUCGAUGGGCUUCCACGACUGGCGGUCGGGUUACAAUUUCCAAUCGAUGGAAACCACCGUACAACCUGGAUCACUGGAUGCCGAAGCCGGUAUCUUUGCAAGUACCUUUGAUCGCACCGGUUUACGUUUGAUCACCGGUGAAGCAGACAAGACCAUCAAGAUUUACAAAGAAGAUGAAAACGCCGUCAAAGACGAAGACUUCUAUCAAUAA